AAAUGGCUGCCAGCACCUCCGUCGUCCCCGUGGCAGUGGCCGCGGCCGUAGUCCCCAGCGUGGCCACUACCGUAGAUUUCUCGGAUUUACGGGAGAUUAAAAAGCAGCUGCUGUUGAUCGCGGGUCUCACCCGGGAGCGGGGCCUGCUGCACAGCAGCAAAUGGUCCGCCGAGCUGGCCUUCUCGCUCCCCGCGCUGCCCCUGGCCGAGCUGCAGCCGCCGCCACCCGUGACCGAGGAGGAUGCCCAAGACAUGGAUGCUUAUACCUUGGCCAAGGCCUACUUUGAUGUUAAAGAGUACGAUCGCGCAGCACACUUUCUGCAUGGCUGCAACAGCAAGAAAGCCUAUUUCCUAUAUAUGUAUUCGAGAUACCUGUCUGGAGAGAAAAAGAAGGAUGAUGAAACAGUUGAUAGCCUAGGCCCCCUAGAGAAAGGGCAGGUGAAAAAUGAGGCUCUUAGAGAACUGAGAGUGGAACUCAGCAAAAAGCAUCAGGCUCGGGAACUUGAUGGAUUUGGCCUUUAUCUGUAUGGUGUGGUGCUUCGAAAACUGGACUUGGUGAAGGAGGCCAUUGAUGUGUUUGUUGAGGCUACUCAUGUUUUGCCUUUGCAUUGGGGAGCUUGGUUGGAACUCUGUAACCUGAUCACAGACAAAGAGAUGCUGAAGUUCCUGUCUUUGCCAGACACCUGGAUGAAAGAGUUUUUCCUGGCUCAUAUCUACACGGAGCUGCAGCUGAUUGAGGAGGCCCUGCAGAAGUACCAGCACCUCGUUGAUGUGGGCUUCUCAAAGAGCUCCUAUAUUGUGUCCCAGAUUGCUGUUGCCUAUCACAACAUCAGAGAUAUUGACAAAGCCCUUUCUAUUUUUAAUGAGCUGCGGAAACAAGAUCCUUACAGGAUUGAAAAUAUGGACACUUUCUCCAACCUUCUUUAUGUCAGGAGCAUGAAAUCUGAAUUGAGUUAUCUGGCUCAUAACCUCUGUGAAAUUGAUAAAUACCGUGUUGAAACAUGCUGUGUAAUUGGCAAUUAUUAUAGCUUGCGCUCACAGCAUGAGAAAGCAGCUUUAUAUUUCCAGCGAGCCCUGAAGUUGAAUCCCCGGUACCUUGGGGCCUGGACGCUGAUGGGGCAUGAGUACAUGGAAAUGAAAAACACGUCCGCUGCAAUCCAGGCAUACCGACAUGCCAUUGAGGUCAACAAGAGGGACUAUAGAGCUUGGUAUGGCCUUGGGCAGACCUAUGAAAUUCUUAAGAUGCCAUUUUACUGUCUUUAUUAUUACAGGAGGGCCCACCAGCUUCGGCCCAAUGAUUCUCGUAUGCUGGUUGCAUUAGGAGAAUGUUAUGAGAAACUCAAUCAGUUAGUGGAAGCUAAAAAGUGUUACUGGAGAGCUUAUGCUGUGGGAGAUGUGGAGAAAAUGGCUCUUGUGAAGCUGGCGAAGCUUCAUGAACAGUUGACUGAGUCAGAACAGGCUGCCCAGUGUUACAUCAAAUAUAUCCAAGAUAUCUAUUCCUGUGGGGAAAUAGUGGAACACUUGGAGGAAAGCACUGCCUUCCGCUACCUGGCCCAGUACUAUUUUAAGUGCAAGCUGUGGGACGAGGCUUCAACUUGUGCCCAGAAGUGUUGUGCUUUCAACGAUACUCGGGAAGAAGGUAAGGCCUUGCUCCGGCAAAUUCUACAGCUGCGGAACCAAGGCGAGACAUCCACAUCGGAGAUGCCUGCUCCCUUUUUCCUCCCCACAUCACUGUCUGCAAACAAUACUCCUACACGCAGAGUUUCGCCACUCAACUUGUCUUCAGUAACACCAUAGUUGGCUACUUUCAAGUCAUCACCUCGCUAAACUAAUAUUAACCCUUAUCUCCAUGUGAAGAACAGCCACGUCUGUUCCGAGGACCUAAACUCUUCUCACUUCUAUAGAUGGAAGCAGACCUUGGGGCAGUGCAUAUAAUCACACCUUCAGAAGCAGACAGAAAUAUUAGCAGGGACAGUAUUGUUUUCUGCCAGUUAAAAGCACUUGUCUCCUUUCUGUUCAGAGUAGCUAUAGUUCUUGGAUUUCUUCCCUUAGAGCACUUUAUCACAGCAAUGCUACAGAAGCAAGUUUUAAUUCUGGGAAUGAGAAAGACAGGAAAGAAAGAAGGACUAUGCUGCUGUCUUCUAGGGAAGGAGUAGGGGUAUUAGCCAAAAUGACUUUUAUUUCUUAUUCGUUUGACAGGGUUUCUCACAUAGCCCAGGCUGGCUUUAACUCAUGACCUUCCUGCCUCAGCCUCCCUUAUGUUGGGAUUGCAGGAAUGUGUCAUGAGGCCUGGCUAGAGAUGACCCUUUUGAAUUUGUUGAACGUCUUUUUUUUUUUUUUUUUUAACCUUUUUUCAAAGUAGGGUCUCAAGCUAACCCGGAACUCACUAUUUAGUCUUGGGGUGGCCUUGAACUCAGUGAUCCACCUGCCUCUGCCUCCCAAGUGCUAGGAUUAAGGGUGUGUGCCACCAUGCCCAGCACAUGUCCUCUAUUCUUUUGUUAGAAAUUAGGUCUAAAUGGGGCAAAGCUGUACAUGUGUUACUUAAGGAUAUAUAUGUAUGUAUGUAUCCAUACAUAAUUUAUUUUUUGAGGCAAUUUCACUGUAGCCAGGCUGGCCUUGAACUCAUCUGCCUUAGCUUCCCAAGUGCUGGGAUUAUAAGUGUGAGUCACUGUGCCCGGCAGAGACAUUCUUCAAGAAAUGUGAAAAGAAAUCCCCUAAGAGCUUUCAAAGGGAGAAGUAGCUUACUGGGGUUGAACAGAAGAAAAAAAAAAGAAGAAUGUCAAUAAGCAUGAACUAUUGAUGGCUCUUCCGGAGAGAAAACAUGGGUGUAGCAUUAGCCGUACCCUUACCAAAGCAAAACAAGGAGUCAGGAUUACAGAAAACUUUGAGGAUAUUUAAAAAUAACCUUUUGGUUAUAAUCAAAUUCAUGUUGGUCUGUUUAGUAAAUGUUUGAUACAACUGUUUUCCCCUCUUUUCAUCUCUAAAACAAUACAUUUUUCAGCUUUAUCUUUCUAGAUAAGGUUAUUAUUUCUGUGGUGUUGGAGGGCUUCAAGGCUAUGCAGAUGUAUUCAGUAGCAGGUGAUAUCCUGUGACUAUUGUGUUUUCUUUAUUUUUAUAGUGGAUGCUGCUUAGGAUCUAGCCUUUGCUCUCUUGUACCUGGAAUAUUUUUACUCACUUCUCAAUGUAUGAUGCAUUUUAUAUUAAAGGUUUAGAAUAUCUGA